AUGACCGUGUGUACCCACUGCAAGGCUCGACACUGGGAGUGCGAAAGGACAAAGUCGACCGGACACUUCAGCACGUGCUGCUCGCAGGGCAAGGUGCAGCUACCUCCCUCUCUCCGGCCUAAUUCCGACUUUCAACAGCUACUUGAAGGCUCGGAUAGCGGUCAGUCUCUCCGUCCAACGACAUUCGUCUGUAGUAGACCAACAUGCUGUACUGUGCGACACUCACACAGAAGCUAAGGCAUUCCGGCGUUCCGCGAGAAUGCCCGGUCGUACAACAACGCGCUGUCGUUCACUUCGCUCGCUGCCCACUUUGACCAGACUCGACCAGGCACUCAAGGACCCCGCAUGUUUUGGGUAUUUUGUCGCCUUUACCAUCGACUCGGGCACUCUCGGCGCCCUAAUUCCUGCCGUCAAUCAGCGCUCAACCUUUGCCAAAACAUGGCUCAUCUGCCCGGCCGAGGCCACCGACACUCAACUUGGACCCGACGGCGCAGACAGUCGCAUACAAAGAUCUACUUUGACCAAGCUCGACUCCAUGUUGGGCACCGGACAUCGCUUUGUGAGGGAGCUCGCAUCGGCCAAAGCCCGCGCAGGUUGGGUUACGGCCAAAGAAUGGGUCCUGCGCCUCUGUCUAACACUUGGCCGGGACCGACGCACCCACAACCUUCCUACGUGGAGCACGGAAAUGGCGAUGCCUAUCUGCGAUUCCGACACCAACAUGUGAGGUCGUGGACCGCAAGACCUUAA